GUCGUGUUUUCUCCACAAACAUACAUUGAACAUACACUCGCCAGUGCACGCCGCUGCGGGCCUCGAGCUUGCUGUGCGUGCUGACGGUGUCGGCGGCCGCACGGAGGCGGAGAUGCUUUGCUGGCUGCUGGAGGGACGGAGAAGGGCGAGUGUUUUCCGAAUGUUCGUCAGUAUUGAAUGCGUCCGUGUGAAGUGUUGCCCUCCGCCAGUUUUCUCCUCGCCCCGUUGUCCUCCUCUCCUUUCUACGAACCGUCACGACCCGGCCGUUCGCCAUGAAGUUCCUCGUCCUCCCCGUCCUCCCCGUCCUCCUCCCCACGCUGGUCUCCGCCCACAACGCCGUCUCUCACCAUGCACGGCAGGCCCCAACCACAACCAGCGUCGCCAGCGGCGGCGCCGCGAGUGCCAGCAGCAGCGGCACGGCGGUGGUAGGGAGCGGGAUAGCCUCAAGCUCAGCUCUUCCGUCCACUCUCACAUUCUCCCUCAUCUCUGUCAAUCCCACCGCCAUCCCGCUUUCGGGAAUCAGGACGGGUCUGACACAGACCCAGUCGACCAUUGCCCUGUCGACCACCUAUCAAGCCGGCGCGACGCAGACAUGGGUACCCAAUGCUCCUGGCCUCCCCUCCGCCCUUCCCGUGCCGUCAAACUACCCGGCCCUCGACAAGACCCCGCCGACCGAUUCAGAUCUGGUGAAGCAAUGGAUCCAGGAGGUCAUGAACUCGGACGUCGACAUCCCCGACAUCCCCGUCACCAACCCGGGCGCGUGCUCCAACAACACCGCCGCGGUCGCUAACGCGUCAACCAACUGCUGGUGGACCUGCGGCGGGUGCACGCGGGAGACGGACGUCGCCGCAUGCCCGACCAAAAACUCGUGGGGCGUCUCGUACGACGACGGGCCCUCGCCGUACACGCCGAACCUGCUGCAGUACUUCGCCCAGCAGGACCUGCGCGCGACCUUCUUCGCCAUCGGCUCGCGCAUCAUGGAGCGCCCCGCCAUUCUCCAGGACGAGUUCAUGACCGGCAACCAGGUCGCCGUGCACACCUGGAGCCACCCGUACAUGACGACGAAGACGACCGAGCAGGUCAUCGCGGAGCUCGGCUGGACAAAGAAGCUCAUCAAGGACACCCUCGGAGUCACGCCCCUCUACUGGCGGCCGCCGUACGGCGACAUCGACGACCGCGUGCGUGCGAUCUCGACAGCCAUGAACUUGAUACCCAUCGUAUGGACGCGCAUCAGCACCACGCAGACAUUCGACACCAACGACUGGAGCAUCCCUGCGGGCUCGACGGACGUCUACCAAGUGCUCGACAACUGGGAGGCGAUCAUGGGCAACUCGACCAAGAUUGACACGGGCUUCAUCGUGCUCGAGCACGACCUCUUCGAGCAGACCGUCGACGUCGCGACCGGCUACAUCCUCCCGCAGGCGCUCGCGCACACGCCCAAGUACAACAUGACGCCGAUCAUCGAGUGCCUCGACAUGCCGCUGUCAAACGCGUACGUUGAGACGAACGACAACUCGAGCCACCCACUGCCUCUUGCAUCAGUGCAAGCGACCCACACGGGAUCGUCGCCCGCUGGAGCGUCGAGCACGGAUGGCAGCAGUUCUGGGGGUAGCAGCGGGGCCCUGAGCAGGACGAACACCGGCCCUGUGUUGUUGUCCGCCCUGACGGGCUCUAUCUUGGCCGUGGUCUCCCUUCUCCUCCGCUGAGGUCCACCUCCGCCCCAAGGGCGUUGUCUGUUCAAGGUACACUGGCGCACCUCACUCCCUAUCUCUUGUUGACACGUAGUACAGUUGAUUGUUCCAAUAUACCGUCCGCUAUAAUUUAGCACGCAUCCUCUGCAUCCAUUCUUAUUCACAUCCCAGCUUGAAGCGGACAUUGUCAAUGUAUACUCGGGCGGCCGCCGGCUUGUAUCGGACUAGUGUAUGUACUACGCGUCCCCACUCGUUGUUUCGCCACUCCUUUGUACUCUACCCCUCACGCUGUGGGACUGUCCAGUAGUGUAAUGUUAUUCUUAUUGCACCCAA